ACCAGCAGCAGUACCAGCAGCAGUACCAGCAGUACCAGCAGCGGUACCAUCCUCAUCUCCAGCGUGCAUGCAGCUCCGACUGUCCUGCGUCCAUCACUUGAACGGACCGUGCCAGGCCCUGGUGGAGCCGUGCCAGGCCCUGGAGGAGCCGUGCCAGGCCCUGGAGGAGCCGUGCCAGGCCCUGGUGGAGCCGUGCCAGGCCCUGGUGGAGCCGUGCCAGGCCCUGGUGGAGCCGUGCCAGGCCCUGGUGGAGCCGUGCCAGGCCCUGGAGGAGCCGUGCCAGGCCCUGGUGGAGCCGUGCCAGGCCCUGGUGGAGCCGUGCCAGGCCCUGGUGGAGCCGUGCCAGGCCCUGGUGGAGCCGUGCCAGGCCCUGGUGGAGCCGUGCCAGGCCCUGGUGGAGCCGUGCCAGGCCCUGGUGGAGCCGUGCCAGGCCCUGGUGGAGCCGUGCCAGGCCCUGGUGGAGCCGUGCCAGGCCCUGGUGGAGCCGUGCCAGGCCCUGGUGGAGCCGUGCCAGGCCCUGGUGGAGCCGUGCCAGGCCCUGGUGGAGCCGUGCCAGGCCCUGGUGGAGCCGUGCCAGGCCCUGGUGGAGCCGUGCCAGGCCCUGGUGGAGCCGUGCCAGGCCCUGGUGGAGCCGUGCCAGGCCCUGGUGGAGCCGUGCCAGGCCCUGGUGGAGCCGUGCCAGGCUCACUUUCCACUGCCGCUGCGCUCUCUGAGCCAGCUAAGACGCUCAGCCUCACGAUGGAUCCACAGCACGAGGGCGGAGUUUUCCCUCUGCGUGUCUCUCCUCACUGGUCACGUGCUCUUCUCCCUGGGCGAGACGCCGCCCCCUGGUGGCCCAGCCCACGUGACGAGCUGCUUCCUGGAGUGGCUCCAUCCUGGUGACGUGGAAGUCUUUGUCAGGGCCGCAGAGCAUGCUGGGAGAUUCUCACUCAAUACAGGAGGCCUUGAUGGUGUUGAUGGUGGCCGUGAGUCGUCAUUCUACUGUCGAUUCAAAUCCCAAAAUGGUCCCAGCGCGGAGCUCUACGAGGAACCCAGCGUGGAGCUCCGUGCUGGGCCUUCCUUGCCCUACAAGAUGAGCGCAUUCCUGGCCCUGCUUCUGGACCCGGAAGAGGCCCAGGGCGGAGCUCCACGUGGGGACCAGGGAGAGGCCCACAACGGAGCUCCGCGUGGGGACCAGGGAGACUCCCGCAACGGAGCUCCGCGUGGGGACCAGGGAGAGGCCUACGACGGAGCUCCGCAUGUGGACCAGGGAGAGGCCCACAACGGAGCUCCAAGCUCCGCUGAGAGGUGCCUCCUGCUGUUUGGCAGGAGAGUGAAGUCAGCGUACACAGCUCCUCACCGAUUGGCUCCCGAGCUGCUCACCUUCACCACCAGCCACGCCCCCAACUGCGUGCUCACCCACGUGGACGAGAGGGCUGUCCCUCUGUUGGGGUUCCUACCGCAGGAGCUAGUGGGAUCGUCCCUGCUGUCGUACAUUCACCCCUCGGAUCACGCACUCAUCCUCAAUCUUCAUCGGCGCAUUGUGAGCGGUGGUGGUGGUGGUGGUGGCGGUGGUGGCCCCCUGCACCACACCACCCUGCGGGUACGGACUCAGGCAGGCGGUUUCGCUACUCUGGACUCGUCGUGGUGGGCCCGUGUCAGUCCCUGGAGCCGCAAGGUGGAGCUCCUCACUGGCAGACACCACGUGCUCACCACCAGGCGUCCGUCCACACUGGACGUGUUUGCUCCAUGCCUGGGUUCGACUCCCGGUCACCUCGGCCGUGAUGGUGGUGAUUGUGGUGAUGGUGAUGGUGGUGAUGGUGGUGAUGAUGGUGAUGGGGGAGACAUCCGGGCACUGCAAGAGGAGAUCGAGAAGCUCCUGCUGCAGCCUGUGCACAGGAGUUUGCACCUCUCUCGUGGAGAUGGAGCGAUCACUCCCCACCACCACAACAACAACAACAACAAUCACGGCAACAACCACCUCAGCCACCACCAUCAGCAGCGUCGCAUCGCAACAGAGAGAGGCUCUCAGCAUCAGCCGGUGCUCUGUAGCGAGCUGAGUGGACUGAAGAUGCACGGCCACCAGGUGGUCACCACCACCUCGUCCACCUCCUCCUCCUCUAGCUCCUCCUCCACCUCCUCCACCUCCACCACCUCCACCACCUCCACCUCGUCCACCACCUCCUCCUCCUCCAUGAGAUCUCGAAAACGCACGCACGAUCGUAUCGAGAGCCCGGAGCGGAGUCCAAGUGGAGCCUCCUACCAGCAGAUCAACUCCAUCCACAGCAUCAUCAGGUACCUGGAGAGCUGCAUGGGACGAGGAGGGGGUGGAGGAGGAGGUGGUGGAGAAGGUGGAGUAGGAGGUGGUGAUCAGCGGUGCUCACUCACAGGUGACAUCAGUGGUGAUGGUGAUGAUGGUGAUACCGGUGAUGGUGGUGAAGGUGAUGGUGGUGAAGGUGAUGGUGGUGAUGAUGAUGAUGGGCAUGGCUGCUUUCGGGCUGACCCUGAGCCACAGAGAUUUGUGGAUCACUGCAAGGUGGAGGAGGAGAUGGAGUUCUUUGGUGACCAGCUGCCUACCGGGCCCUGGAUGUCCGUGUUAUCCUCUGACCGGGCCUGGCUACUCUCCGUGGUGCCUCUCCAGCCCAGAUUCACCGAAUCUCAGCGCCGUGAGCUGUCUGCCAUCCACCACUGGCUUGGUCAAGGCACUUUGCCAAGUUCUCUCAACACGUCGGUCUGUUUGGGCUGUGGUGGUCUGGGAUCCCCUCCCCUUGAUGCCUCUCUGCCGCAGUUGGAGUUUGACAACAACAACCCACAACCACCACCACAACCACCACCACAACUAGCACAACAACCACAACCACCACAACUAUAUUAACAACAACCACCUCCACAACCACCACAACUAGCACA